GUGUAUUUUCUUUUAUAAGUUUGUUUGCAACGUUUCAAUAACAUUUUAAUUUAAUCGACCUGUUAAAGAACGUCUUAUUGACGUUAUAAAUAAUCGAGAUAGUUUUUUGUUGCAAUUUUUUAACGAAAAUCCGCCGAAAGAGAUGUCUAAAAGCGAAUUGAUACUUCUCGAAGAGAAGAAGGAAAGCGCACGGAUUAUCGAUGAGUUUGAUUUGAACGACUAUCGGAGAGCGAUAAUGCAAAUUUGAUAGAACGAAAAAUCGAUAAGCAGGCUCUUAUUCUUGGAAACAAGUCACCUCAAACACAUGUUUGCUCGAUGCGACUAGAACCAGCUUCGACUUGUCGCGAUUCUCAUAUUUCUUUAUUCGUAUUUAUUAAACUUGAUUUUUUAUCAAACAGCUAUUACGUUCAAUUGAUUUUAAUUGGCUCUAAUCGAAGUGAUAUACAGACUGUUAGUAGUUUGUUUUCAGUGCUUGUGCACAAAUUCUACAAUAUCUUGAAAUUAAGUAACUAAAUUGCAUUCAUAUCAUUCUGCUGUUAUUACAAAAAUGUUACCUAGAUCCAUGCUAUAUAAUUAUCGCGAUAAUUGCAAUUUAACAAUUAUCAUCCGUUUAUCGGCCAUAUUGUAUAUGCACACACGCAAUGUUUACUUUUGCUUUCGUGGUGUAUGUAUACGGCACUAUCGAGCGGAAUAGUAGCAUAAUUUAGUCAUAGUCGUACAUUUUGCAGUUCAUACAAUACCAUUCGAUCUCGCUUCAACAUAGACGCUUUAAAACGCUUCGACGUCGCACUCUAAAACUUACUCUUUUUCUACCGUUUAUGUAAACCUUAUGACAAAUUCAUGAUACGAUUACACGCACACAAUGAUCUACCAUUUCGUUUCCAGAUGUCCGAGUCUGUAAAAGUAGCGGUGAGAUGUCGGCCUAUGUCCAACAAGGAGCUGCAGCAAGGAUGCCGGAAUGUGGUGACGAUCGAUCCACUGACGAAAUCCUGUACCCUAGAAGGUUCUGCCGCCGCCGGAAGCGGAAAGGUCUACCAAUUCGAUGCCGCGUUCGGCUCAUCCUCCACCACGGAAUCGGUGUACGAAAAUGUCGGUUCGAUGAUCGUCGAGGCUGUUUUGGAGGGUUACAAUGGCACCGUGUUCGCUUAUGGACAAACCGGCUGCGGAAAAUCGUUCACGAUGCGAAGCUUUAUCGAACGGGCCUUGGAACAUCUGUUCGAGGCGACUUCGACCGCUAGUUCCGAGACGAGGUACUUAGCGUUGCUGAGCUAUCUCGAGAUCUACAACGAACGGCUGCGCGAUCUCCUGCAAGAUGACACCGGUGAGAGCUUGACCCUGAAGGAGGAUCCAACGCGAGGCACCUACGUUGCAGGUGGUCUACGCGAGGUCACGGUGAAGGAUGCUACCGAGUGUACCGCACUGGUGCAGCAAGGUGACCAGAGGAGAGCCGCGGCCGCGACGAAGAUGAACGCCGCAAGUUCGCGUAGCCAUGCGGUACUGACGUUGUCAUUGGAGGCAAUCGCCAUCAACGACGACGACAAACGUGGCAACGCGAUCAGAAGAGGUCGGCUGCAUUUGGUUGACCUCGCCGGCUCCGAGAGACAGACCAGAACCGGCGCAACCGGUGAUCGCUUGAAGGAAGCUGCCAGUAUCAAUCUUAGUUUAUCCGCCUUGGGAAAUGUUAUCAGCGCCUUGGCUGCCGGUAACGGACGCCAUGUCCCAUAUAGAGACAGCAAACUGACGAGGUUGCUGCGCGACAGUUUGGGUGGCAACGCGCGGACGCUGAUGAUCGCGUGUGUGAGUCCAAGUGACGUCGACGCCGAAGAGACGCUGAGCACACUGCGGUACGCGGCGCGUGCCCGUUGCAUCAAGAACAAACCGGUGGUGAACGAGGACCCGAAGGACGCGCUGCUACGACAGUACCAAUUGGAACUUCAACGUCUGCGACAGUUGCUGCGCUCGAGCGACCAAUCGACCAUCGGAUCGGACUCCCAACGAGAAGCGGAUGAGGAGGCAGAUAGUUUGAGAGAGAAACAAUACCUCGAAGAGGUGGAGAGGCUGAGGAGAGAGUGCGAGAGCUCGAAUCUGUCAGCCCAGAAGCUGAAGGAAGAGCUAGAAGCUCUGAAAUCUCGUCACGAAUCAGAAUUGAACAAUGUCGGUAAGAGCGGCGCCACACAGGAGAACCAGGUUCUGGACGAGUUGGACAAGGAGCGCGCGGAGAGGCGCAGAAAGAAGAGAGAGGCAGCAAUGCAGGAUGUGUUGAAAAGGCUGGAGAAACUGACGAUCGGCGGCGAGGAGAUUGACAAUGCGGAGCUAAAGAAGCGCAGGGAGAGAAGAAGAAAGAGGCUGGAGGCUCUCGUGGGAGCACUCGAGGCCAAUGACGCCAAUGGUAGUGUCUUCCAGGUCUACGGUCAGUUGAGGUCGACAGAAGACGCACUGAAGAGGAUGGCGAAGAAAGUGAAACAGCUGGAAGCGGAAGCGGCGGACCUCCAGGCGUCGUGGGACGCCGAGCGCCGCGAAUUGCUGCGCAGAGAACUGCUCAUGUCGCAACUGUGUGACCUUAUGGUGCCCCAACUCCGUCCAGGUUGUCCAUUUCGCGAUAUCGCGGCGGUGAGAGCGGCAGCUACGUGGUGCGAUGAGCUCGGUCGGUGGCGCUUGCCGGACGUGACUCCACAUAUCCCCCUCCCCCCAGCGGCUCCUGUCUCGUCGCAGAGGGAUGUUCUCCACCCUACUGUGAUAUCCCCGGCCAAAGCGGAUCUCAACAACAACAGCAACAACGGCAAUGACAAUGACGACGAGAUCGCUGAGGAGCACGACGACGACGAAGACGCCAGUAAGACUGGCGAGGGGAGGAAGUUCGACAUAGCGGACAUCUACUUUCGCAGGAGGAGGGUGGACACCCUCUUGGCACAUGCCAGAGAAGUGAAGAAUAAAAAUUUCGAGCUAGGCAGUCGACUGAGCAGAUCCGGCGGUUCGGAGGACGCGGCGCCCAUCGCGGGCGGCUACUUACAAUUGAAUGCCUUGAACUUGCAAAGCAGCGCGCCGAUAUUAGGCGAGAUCAGUAGCGGUAGUUACAGUCCGAGCCAGCGGCGAUCUGCGAUACGAGGCGGCUGGGUCGACGAGCAGCUACCUAAUCGGACCUACAACUCCUUCGGCGGCACGGCGAAGAAGCAUCCACCUCGCAUCCUGGAGGCCUUGCCUUCAUAUCCGCAAGGCAACACAUCCUUCAAGUCUUUUGUUGGCGAGACAGCCUUAAAAGGAAUAUCCGAGCAAGGACUGCCGCCGAGAUUGAUACGCGAUAAUGACGAUUAUGGUAACCGUCAUCAUCCGUUCCACAUCGGACACGCUUGCUCACCGACUUAUUGACGAGUGAGCUGUUAAUUUCGUCGAGAAUCUCAGACCACGACUGUGUUAAAGAAACUAAUGGAGAAGCUGUGCGUAUAUACGAGUUUGAAAAAGCAGAAGUCAAGGUGAACAGUCAAGUCAAAUGUCUACAAUGAGAGGCAUCGUCUACAGCGAAGAUGUUGAGUGAUAAAUUAAAAUGCAAAUCGCGAGACGUCGUCUCUCUAGCAAUUAAUAUAUUUAUCUCCUUGAUCUCUCUUAUGUAACUCUAAAACUCAGCGAAACCGAAUAAACAACGUGUAAAGAUUACUCGCGCGUCGCUAAGAAAUAUUGUUUUUUUUCCUUUUUUUUCUUUUUUUUUUUUUGACACACUCGCACAGUGGACUGAGCAUUCUUCGACGUUCAAGAGAUUUAUCAAAUCGCGAUUUGAUUUUUACUACGAUAUUAUAAACACGAUUUCUGCUCGACAGCAGAUAUUUUUGUAUUUAGCAGUAACGUGCGUACAAAUUUUACGACGUGGCCUUUUCUCACGUACCUGAUCUGAUCUGCCUCAUUUAACGGACCUAAAAGUGAGAGUUUGGAAAGGAAACCGCGGAACAAUUUCAUGCGAGUACGCGGAGCGUGCAUAUACUGAGUGGCGUGCGACGAAACAACCGCGUCUCAAUGUGUUUUCUAUUUGCUCCACUAAGAAAUACGUAAAUAUCUUUCAGUAGUAUAAAAAGAAAGAAAAUUGAAAGAU